AAACAAAACAUCACGCCCAGGUCUGGGGGAAGAGUUGGAGUCCGAAACCAGCCAGAGAGCAUCAAAAGGAGAAAGAAAAAAGAAAAAAGAUAAUCCGAGUAUUCGGUUUCUUUAGAGAUUAUACAUUAUUUAUUUUCUCGGUAACCAAGCAGAGAGAAAAACUGAUAUCAGGAAGCCCUAGAGCUGAGCUGCAGCACUUCCGGGGAGAUCCUGACUCUCUCCUGAUCUGAGCGCCCAUGUCUCCAAUGGCGCAUCGAAGAACAAAGCUACUUUUCCUAUUCUACGCUCUGUUCUGCGCCCUUCCCGCCAUUGCAGGAAAGAGCUAUUAUGAUGUACUACAAGUGCCGAAAGGAGCCUCAGAUGAGCAGAUCAAGAGAGCUUACAGGAAGCUUGCGUUAAAGUACCAUCCGGAUAAGAAUCCGGGAAACGAAGAAGCUAAUAAGCGAUUCGCAGACAUUAACAAUGCAUACGAGGUGCUUUCGGAUAGCGAGAAGAGGAGCAUAUAUGAUAGGUAUGGGGAAGAUGGUCUCAAACAGCACGCCGCUAAUGGAGGCAGAGGGGGAAUGGGGAUGAACAUCAAUGAUAUCUUUUCCCAAUUUUUUGGUGGAGGUGGUGGUGAAGAAGAAGAAGAGAAAAUUGCAAAAGGUGAUGAUGUAGUUGUCGAACUGGAUGCCUCACUGGAAGAUUUAUACAUGGGAGGUUCAUUGAAGGUUUGGAGAGAAAAGAAUGUUUUAAAGCCAGCACCAGGCAAGAGACGUUGCAACUGUAGAAAUGAAGUCUAUCACCGGCAAAUUGGUCCGGGGAUGUUCCAACAGAUGACAGAACAGGUCUGCGAACAAUGCCAAAAUGUCAAGUUUGAAAGGGAGGGAUAUUUCAUUACUGUAGAUAUUGAAAAAGGGAUGCCAGAUGGAGAAGAAAUUGUUUUCUAUGAAGAUGGUGAGCCUAUAAUAGAUGGAGAACCUGGAGAUUUGAAGUUCCGCAUCCGCACAGCACCCCAUGACCUCUUCAAAAGGGAGGGCAAUAACUUGCAUACAACCGUGACAAUAACUCUGGUUCAAGCUCUUGUUGGUUUUGAAAAGACCAUUAAACACCUUGAUGAUCAUUUAGUGGACAUCAGUACCAAGGGAAUUACGAAGCCGAAGGAAGUGAGAAAGUUCAAAGGAGAAGGGAUGCCUUUGCAUCUUAGCAAAAAGAAAGGAGAUCUGUAUGUCACAUUUGAGGUUUUAUUCCCCAGCUCACUAACAGAGGACCAGAAGAAAAAGAUCCAGGAAAUUCUUGGUUAGGAUAGGAUGUUAGGUUAAAUAUUUUUGUUGGGUUCAGAAAUAUGUUCCCUUUGUAACAUGAUGAGAACAUUACUACAUUUGAACAAGCCCUGAGGCAUUACGCCUAUACCAUUUUUCCCGUUUUGUUAACAAGUAUUGCCUUGAUACAACGUAUCUUUUUUUUUUUGUAAACCUUUCGAUGUCCCACGAUUUGUUCUACUUCUCCAUUAGUCCAAUUCGAUCCGUAUUGACAGACGGAUGAUUUUCUUUC